GUUUUAAAUGUACGCGUGAUGUGACUGUUAUGCUGGCUGUCGUAUGAAGAAUACAGCACUGAAAAUCCUCAUAAGCAGAUAUGUUAAAUAGAUAGUUAAAAGAUGGCAGACUCACGGGAAAACUCAAGCAACUUGUUUGUGGAAGUUAUCGUAAGAGUCGUGUUGGCACUGAUAUUUAUUGAACUGGAAGGUGCAAAACCCUUUUCAAGGAAAAUACACCCUGAUGAAUUAUGGUUGUAUAAAAAUCCCAGAAGUGAGAGCUAUGUUCCUGUUGUUAUGUUAUGGCCCCUGGUUUUCAUUACACCAGCAGCUGUCAUAUUUGCCAUGUUCCUACUGCAGAGGGACAAAAUUGAUGUUUGUCAGGCAGUUCUGAGUUUGACUUUAGGGCUUUCCCUAAAUGGUGCACUCACUAACAUGAUAAAACUAAUUGUUGGACGACCGCGACCUGACUUUUUCUGGCGCUGCUUUCCAGAUGGAGAAGUUAACCCUGAUCUAGAGUGCACAGGAGAUGAGAGUGUAGUCUGGGAGGGACGUAAAAGUUUUCCUAGUGGGCAUUCAUCUUUUUCAUUUGCAAGUAUGGGGUUUGUUGCUUUCUACUUGGCUGGGAAGCUUCAUGUUUUUACACCAUUUGGAAGAGGAAGAUCUUGGCGCCUGUGCAUAUUUCUUGCACCCCUUACAGUAGCAACCUGUGUGGCCCUGAGCCGGACAUGUGAUUAUCAUCAUCAUUGGCAAGAUGUGUUGUGUGGCUCUCUCUUGGGUCUGUCAAUAUCAUACCUUUGCUAUCGACAGUAUUACCCAAGUUUAGACUCACUCCAUGCCCACAGACCUUACGUUGGUAUUAUUCCAUACUUGGAGCUUGAUGCUGUUCGCAGUACAGGGCAGCCACGUCCUCCUGAGGAACAAGUCAAAUGGAUAUAAACUUGAAAUCUUCUUCACAUACGGAUUUAAAGUGCAAGGUUCUCAUAUGUUUUUGCGAGACAAAGUUCUGCAUUUAUCCCAGAAAGUUUGAAAUUGACACCUGAAAGUAUUAGGAGGCUGAACCACUCAUGGGAUUUGGAUGAAGAAGCAAUUCUAACAAAGUAAUAGAAAUAGAUUCUGUGUGAAAUUCAGCAAAACAUCAGGCUUGUGUUGCAGUGGAAGAAUUUAUACAAAUCUCAGCAAUGACAAUCUUUAAUCAUGAAUCAAUAUUUAGUGACAUACUCACCUUUUAUUCUCUUGAAUGUGCGCUGGAAGUUGUUUUCUCAUAGAAUUCCUUUAUUCUAAUAUUAAAGUUCUUAUUUCCUUUGUUUCUUCAAUUUAUAUAUAUAUAUUUUCUUUUCUUGUAGCUUCAGGAAGAAAAGGUACUGAAAGUUAAGAUUGGAUUGGAUUGGGAAUAAAAUGAAAGUUGAUGGACUAGUUGAGUAAAUUAAGAUGGUG